AUGGCAUACCACAAGCGUCCUACCUCCAGCCACCAACCCUGUGACACGUUCUUCGUGGAAACAUACGACGACUUUCCUGCACCCCACAUGGAUCCUAAGGAACAUGCAAAGCUGGUUGCUCGCGAACGUCAGUAUGCUAUCGCAGAUGAACUGUCUAAGGUGGCAAGUGAUGAAUUUCGCGAAGACAUUUUGUCCCACAUGCUGGAGAUGGAUGCUGCUACCCUUCCUGACGUUGAAUCGAUUGACAUCCAAACUGAAAUCCAGUGGUUCAUGCGUCCUUACCUCCUUGAUUUCCUCAUCGAAGCACACACUGCCUUCCAGCUGCUCCCAGCGACUUUGUUCCUGACCGUCAAUCUUCUUGACCGAUACUGCUCCAAACGUGUGGUCUAUAAGAGACACUACCAACUGGUUGGGUGUGCUGCGCUGCUGAUUGCCGCCAAAUAUGGCGACAAGAAGGAUCGUGUGCCCACUAUUAAGGAACUCAAAUCGAUGUGUUGCUCCCUGUAUGAUGAUGACAUGUUCAUCCAAAUGGAAUGGCAUGUCCUGCAGACUCUGGGAUGGACUAUCGGACACCCCACUGUGGACGGUUUCGUUCAGAUGGCAGUCCUAGACACCCCUUAUGACCCCGAGGUGGAACACCUGGCGUUAUAUAUCGCGGAAAUUUCCCUGUUUCACCGAGAAUUCGUGUCCAAGCCGUCUUCGGACCUUGCUAGGGCCUCGCUCGCCUUGGCACGCUGCAUCUUGAACCGCCCUCAACCUCGUCAUACCGAAUGGGCUUCUCAGUACGACUCGAUGACGCUUGUUGGGCUCUCCCAACAGCUUCACCAGCCUUCGCAGGUGUUGUCAAGAAAGUAUUCGUCGACACAUUACUCGCGAGUCUCCAAGAUCCUUGAGCAGUUCCUCGCGCGUCAGGCAUCAAUCGCCAGCUACACUCCGCCGAGCCCACCCUCUGAUGUUGUCAACACAGACUCUAAACCCUACGAAGGUGAGAUUGGGCUUGCUACCCCGCAGAAGGCUCCUCAUCCGUCAAACGUGCCACAUGGAUAUAUCACGCCGCCAAUCACCCCUGAGAACGAAGCAUUUGCCAAUGCUGGUAACUCAGGUUACGUGAAGGUGGUAACAGUGCCUAAUGCUUGUUCCCCCUCACCAACCCCUUCACCCAGUGUGCAGUACAUGAGCUCCCAUACAUACCAGCAAGACCCAACAUAUGCCACGCAGCAACAAUUCCUGCAACCGCAAAUGAGCUUUAGCACUGGUUAUUAA